AUGAGCGUUGAGCUCGCCGCAAAGCUCGGCACAUGGCUUCAAGAAGUAAUUGGAAUACUUGGUCAAGAGCUUCACCAUACCGCCGAGCUUCGGCUGUCUUUCCGCUCCCUGACCCAAGCACCUAUGCCUAACCGCCAGCCCUACGAUCUCAGUCCGCCCCAAGGCUAUUCGAUUAGGGCUGGAGGCUUGAAGCUGUCAGCCCAAAGUGCCGGAUUUUCAGGCACAGCUCGCAAUCCAGACUCGUUACGCGCUCGCCCAUUGCGCAAUGUGUCGCUGGUGGCUGCAACUCUAAUCGAACAUGCUAUAUCGCCGCAUCUUAACGAACCUCCCCUCGAGCUUGCAGAUUAUGCGCAUCGUGGGCGCUUGGAUGAUGUCGUGGGCGUCUAG